AAUACUAUAUUGUUAUUCAAUGAAAAUAACCUAAAUAUACUGCAACAGCGAGACACGUAUGGACGACAAUACGUUAGUGGUCAUGUACUAUCAAAUCCUGUUUUCCUGAUUCUGGAAACUCAUCUGCACUCCAUGUCUGAAGGACCUCGAGCUCCCUGGUCGAAGCGGGGUUGUGUGGAGUCGCAUCGACGAGAGCAGGGCAAGCAUAAGCAGAGGAAAUGUGAGCGUCCCUUCAGCGCACUGUCAGUUAAGCCUACGGCAGGUCAGGACACCUCCAAAAGGUGCCUGAUGGCGGGGGAUGUGGAGGUGUACCUGUCCCAGGUGCACGAUGGCAGCGUGUCCUCAGGCUUCCGAGCCCUGUAUGAAGAGCGCCUGCUGCUGGACGUCACGCUGCUGAUUGAAGAGCAUCACUUCCAGGCACACAAAGCACUACUGGCCACACAGAGCGACUACUUCCGAGUAAUGUUCACGGCAGACAUGAGGGAACGCGAUCAGGACAAGAUUCAUAUGAAGGGGUUGACCGCGGCAGGUUUCGGACAUGUCUUGCGCUUCAUGUACUAUGGCUCCUUGGAGCUCAGCAUGCCCACGGUGCAGGAGAUCCUGCAGGCCGCCAUGUACGUGCAGCUCACCGAAGCUGUGGAGUUCUGCUGCUCCUUCCUUCUGACCAAAAUCUGCCUGGAGAACUGCGCCGAGGUCAUGCGUCUGCUGGAAGACUUCAGCGUCGGGGUGGAAGGAGUGCAGGAGCAGCUGGACGCCUUCCUGUUGGAGAACUUUGUGCCUCUGAUGGCGCGGCCGGACUUCCUGUCUUACCUGAGCCUGGAGAAGCUGAUGGCGUACCUGGACAGCGACAAACUGAGUCGUUUUCCGGAGAUCGAGCUGUACGAGGCGGUCCAGGCCUGGCUGCGGCACGACCGGCGUCGCUGGAGACACACGGACACUGUGGUCCAGAACCUGCGCUUCUGUCUCAUGACUCCCGCUCACGUGUUUGAGAAGGUGAAGACCUCAGAAUUCUAUCGAUACUCCCGCCAGCUGAGACAGGAGGUGGAUCAGGCACUCACUUACUUCCAUGAGGUACACAGGCAACCGCUGGUCAACAGCAAGUCCAACCGCAUCCGGUCAGUGCGACCACAGACUGCUGUAUUUAGAGGAAUGAUUGGCCACAGCAUGGUCAACAGUAAGAUCUUACUGCUGCAACGUCCCAAAGUUUGGUGGGAGCUGGAAGGUCCGCAGGUACCCCUUCGACCAGACUGCCUUGCCAUAGUCAACAACUUUGCAUUCCUGCUGGGAGGAGAAGAGUUAGGGCCAGAUGGAGAGUUUCACGCCUCCUCCAAAGUAUAUCGUUACGACCCUCGACAGAACUCCUGGUUGCGCAUGGCUGACAUGUCCGUGCCGCGGUCGGAAUUUGCAGUUGGCGUCAUCGGGAAGUACAUCUAUGCCGUGGCAGGACGCACGAGGGAUGAGACGUUCUACUCCACCGAACGAUAUGACAUUAUCGAGGACAAGUGGGAGUUUGUGGAUCCAUAUCCUGUCAACAAGUACGGACACGAAGGUACGGUACUCAACGGCAAGUUGUACAUCACUGGUGGCAUCACUUCCUCCUCGACCUCUAAACAGGUGUGCGUUUUCGACCCCGGGAGGGAGGCGGCAUCCGAACAUCGCACGCGGCGCACGCCGAUCCUCACCAACUGCUGGGAGAACAAGUCUAAGAUGAACUACGCUCGCUGCUUUCAUAAGAUGAUCUCUCACAAUGGGAAACUUUACGUGUUUGGAGGGGUGUGCGUGAUCCUACGCGCCUCUUUCGAAUCACAAGGUUGCCCCUCGACAGAGGUGUAUGAUCCAGAGACAGACGAGUGGACCAUUCUUGCCUCGAUGCCCAUUGGACGCAGUGGGCACGGUGUGGCGGUGCUGGACAGACAGAUUAUGGUGCUCGGAGGGCUGUGCUACAACGGUCACUACAGCGACUCUAUCCUCACUUUUGACCCCGAGGAAAACAAGUGGAAAGAGGAUGAGUAUCCCAGGAUGCCUUGCAAAUUGGAUGGGCUGCAGGUGUGCAGUUUGCACUUCCCAGAGUACGUUCUGGAACAUGUGAGACGGUGCAGCUGAG